GGGUGACAGGCACGCCCGGAUCAGGAAUUAAGCGUUAUCCAUAUACAGGGGGACACAGGAUAUAACCCGCCGCGACAAUGACAGUGGAGAAGAAAGGACUUCAGAUUAAAGAAGCAUUUGACUUGGCUCAGAGGCCGCACCAGAACCAUGCCAAGCUGGUCACCGGGCUCAGGAUCACUUAUGAUCAGAUUGAAGACAAAUCCAUAUUUCUGGAAGAAUUUGCUCACUACCUGAAAUACCCCCUGAUAGUCUACAGGAGGGAGCCGGCUGUGGAACGGGUUAUGGAUUUUGUGGCAAAGUUUGUGACUUCUUUUCACAGUUCUAACGAUGAGGAAGAUGAGAUGGAUGAGGAAAAUUCCCCUGUCAAUUAUUUAUUUCAUUUCCUUCUUCAGUCUCAUGUGGCCAAUAGCAUGGCAGUGCGGUUCAGGGUUUGUCAACUUAUCUAUAAGCUGCUGGUUAAUUUACCUGAAAAUGCGCAGAUUGAUGAUGACCUGUUUGAUAAGAUCCAUGAAGCCAUGCUCAUACGUGUGACUGACAGAGUACCCAAUGUGCGGAUCCAAGCAGUUCUGGCACUGGCCAGGCUCCAGGACCCAAAUGACAUUGACUGUCCUGUAUCUAAUGUUUACAUGCAUUUGCUGGAAAAUGAUUUAAAUCCAGAGGUAAGAAGGGCAGUGUUAUCUUGCAUUGCUCCCUCUGCCAGAACCUUACCAAAAAUUGUAGGACGCACUAUGGAUGUCAAGGAGCAAGUGAGGAAACUUGCCUACCAGGUUUUGGCUGAAAAAGUUCACAUAAGAGCACUUACCAUUGCUCAGAGAGUUAAACUUUUGCAACUAGGACUUAAUGACAGAUCAGAGGCUGUGAAGGGAAUCAUGCAGAAGAAGCUGCUGCAGUCAUGGCUGAAAUACACAGAGGGGAACAUUUUAGAGCUGCUUCAUCGUCUAGAUGUGGAAAAUUCUCCAGAAGUUGCAGUCGCUGCACUCAAUGCAAUGUUUUCUCUGUCCUCUCUCAAUGAGCUGAUUGAGAAGUGCAAAAAUAUUGAUGAAAGGAAACUCGUACCACUGGAUACUUUGACUCCAGAAAAUGUUUUGUAUUGGAAAGCACUUUGUGAGUACGUCAAAUCCAAAGGUGAUGAAGGGGAGGCUGCACUGGAGCAAAUUUUACCAGAGCCAGCUGUGUAUGCGGAUUAUCUCUUAAGUUAUCUUCAAACACUUCCUGUUCUAACGGAGGAAGAAAAAGCAGACAUGACUAAAAUUGAAGACCUGAUGACUAAAGCAUUCAUUGGGCAGCAGCUGAUUAAUAUAAUAGGCUGCCUGGAUACCAGUGAAGAGGGAGGAAGAAAACGUCUUCUAGCUGUGUUACAAGAAAUACUACUUAUGCCUAAUGUUGCAACAUCAUUUAUAUCCCCUCUGGUGGAAGUCUUGCUCCGCAUUAUCAAGGAUGACGACCGUAGAAUCGUAACUGUAGCGGAAAUGAUUUCUGAGCUCCGAGAGCCAAUUGUCACUGUCGAUAAUCCACCAGAUGUUGCAGAGUCCAGGAAACUACAAGUAAAGAUUGCUAAUAUAAAAGUGCAACUUAUGGAAGCCAAACAAGCCUUGGAGGACUCCAUAAGUGCCCAAGAAUUUGGCAGGGCCUCUGAAUUAAAGGAAAAAGUGUCCGAGCUGGAAAAGCUGAAAGCAGAGCUAAUUAGAGAAGCAGAAGAACCAGAGCUGAAAGAAAUCCGUGUGGAAAAGAAUGACCCUGAAACACUUCUCAAGUGCUUGAUUAUGUGUAACGAACUCCUAAAGCACAUUUCGCUUUCUAAAGGACUUGGAGGAACGUUGAAUGAGAUAAUUCAAUCAUUGAUACUUCCAGGAAUAACCAAUGUUCAUCCUUCUGUAAGGAACACUGCAGUCUUGUGCAUUGGCUGCUGUGCCCUGCAAAACAAAGACUUUGCAAAACAACACUUGACUCUGCUUCUACAGAUAUCACAGCUUGAUGAGGUCAAGGUGCGGACCAGUGCCUUGAAUGCAGUAUUCGAUCUUCUUCUGCUCUUUGGGCUUGAAAUUCUAAAGCCAAAGGAAGAUGAUGUUGAUAACCUGGAAAAUAAACAGGAAGAGGGAACAGACGAGACCACUGAGACUGAACAGUCUGACUCCACAGAAAAAUCUGGGGAUGACGAAGUAACACCUGAGACCUCUGCUUUGAAUUCCAUAUUAAAGAUGUUCUCUGACUUCCUGGAUAGUGAGGUUCCAGAAAUAAGGACUGAAACCGCUGAAGGUUUAGCCAAACUGAUGUUCUCAGGAAGAUUGAGAAGUGCUAAGCUCCUGUCACGUCUCUUACUUCUGUGGUACAAUCCAGUGACUGAAGAGGACACGAAACUGCGUCACUGCCUGGGUGUCUUCUUCCCUAUUUUUGCAUAUUCUUCUCGAACAAAUCAGGAGUGCUUUGAAGAGGCCUUUGUGUCUACACUUCAGACCCUCUUCAAUGCCCCGGCUUCCUCUCCGCUGGCUGAUGUUGAUGUCUCCAAUGUAGCUGAACUGCUGGUUGAUCUGACAAGGCCAAGUGGAUUAAAAGCACAAAAGAAUAUUUCUCCAGAUUAUCAAAUUUCCACAGUACAUGAUAGCCUGGCUAUAAAAAUCUGCAACGAGAUACUCCUAGAUCCUACGGCUCCAGAUGUUCGUAUAUAUGCUAAAUCUUUGUGCUCACUUGAACUGUCAAAAGAGGUUACAACAGACCUGCUGCCACUUUUGGACAUUGCUCUACAGGAUAUAAAGGAUAAAGUGUGCCAGAGGGCGUUAGAAAAGGUCAAGAUGCAAUUAAGGAACAACAUGAAUUCAAAGGAGGAAGGUGCUGUUACACAGGAAGCCACAAGUGUACCUAACGAGCUAGAAAACGAGAAAGCAACACUUAAUGAAGAAAAUGAUGAGGUUUUUGAAGAACAAAAUAUGGACUCUUUAAAGCUGAAGUCUGUAAAAGGGAAAUCCAGCAAAGGUCGCAAGAAAGCAUCUUCGGUAAGCACAAGGAAGAAGAGUAGCCGGACUGCCAAUCAGGGAGAAGCUAAAGGGGAAGAGGCGCAGACAUCUACAGUCAGUUCGAGGCCAUCAAGAAGAGCCAAAAGCAUUGCCAUGGAGAAAACAAAAAUGAAUCUCUCCAAACUAUUAAAUCAAGAGGCCAGUGCGGAGUAA